AUGAGGUUGGAACACCUGGAGCGACACCAAGAGCUCGAGCUCAUGGAAGAGGACGACAGCCACAGUUCAACCUCAGUUCAGAGAGUGAGUCAGUUCAGACAACAAGACGCUGAGAGGAAGAAGAAGAAGAAGAAGCUUGUCCUGAAACUCAUGAUGUGGAGCCUGGUUGUGUUGUUGGUCCUUGCGACAGCUGGAUGCUGGGCACAGCUGUAUGAGAACGAGGAAGGAGGCCUGUUGGCUCGUUUCUGUCCCAAUACCGAAGCUGUGUCUCACAUCAGAAGCACCUUCGUGGGCAGCGAUCGCAUCUGGAACAUCGAGUGCAAACCUUUCAUCGCCCUGAACACAGACUGCUCCUGGUCCGGGUUCCUCAGCCUCUAUGAGAAGGAACUCAACUUCAACUGCAAAGCCAAUCACGUGAUCACCGGCGUCUACAGCUUGUACAACCAGGAGCACAUGGACAGACAAUGGAACUUCCUCUGCUGCUCGGCGGAUGAUCUGAUCACGUUUGAGUGCCGGGAAAGUCCGAAGGUCAACUACUACGACGAAGACUUUAAUUGGCUUGUCCCCGGGGACAACUACCUGACGGGCGCCCGCACCUACAGCAACAGCCACGAGGGGUCGGCAGUCAGUUCACAGAUCCUCACGGCAAACAGUCCGAUCGCAAACCUCCUGACACACGGAGACGUGGCGGUCCAGACCACGAGGAGCGCUAAAGUCUGCACCGACUGCAGAUGGACCAAGUUAAGUGAUCUGGUUCAAGUGCCGUUCAUCCUCAGUGAUUCCUUCAGCAGCUCCGACAAGGCCAUCAUUCAAAACGCUAUCAACGGCAUCCACCAGAGCACCUGCGUCCGCUUUGUUCCUCAAAAUGGCCAAAACGACCACGUCAACAUCGUGAAGCAAGCAGGAUGUUGGUCGUAUGUGGGACAAACCGGAGGCUCUCAGCAAGUGUCUCUGGGAGACGGCUGCCUCAGUGACGGCAUCAUCCAGCACGAGCUGCUCCACGUCCUCGGCUUCUGGCACGAGCAGAGCAGAACCGACAGGGACCUGUACGUCCAGAUCCACAAAGACAACGUCCAGGAUGACAGACUUCUGAACUUCGACAAAGUGGACACAUACAACCUGAACGUCCCAUACGACUACUCCUCCAUCAUGCAUUACGGCCUGACGGACUUCUCAAAGAACGGCCUGAAUACCAUCACCCCCCACGCACCCGGAGCGUCUAUUGGCCAGAGGCUCGGCAUGUCCGAAAAUGACAUGCUGAAAAUCAACAAGCUUUACGGCUGCAGUAAUUCAGUGACGCUGCUUCUCCAGCUGCGUCUCCGAUCAGCAGGACACCACCUGCAGGUCGUUCUGAGAAAGAACUCCAGAAAACUCCAGAGAACUCCAGGAGAGGAUCCAGAGAACUCCAGAGAACUCCAGGAGAGGAUCCAGAGAACUCCAGAGAACUCCAGAGAACUCCAGAGAACUCCAGAGAACUCCAGAGAACUCCAGAGAACUCCAGAGAACUCCAGGAGAGGAUCCAGAGAACUCCAGAGAACUCCAGAGAACUCCAGAGAACUCCAGGAGAGGAUCCAGAGCGUCCAAGUGUUACAGCAGAGGAACAUAGAGGACGAUAGAGCAGCUCCCACAGGGAAGCAGCAUUCCUGA